AGCUCCCUGUCUCUUUACAACAAUAUUUCAUUGCAGUAAUUUAUGCGUCCUUCACUGAUCCAUCACAAACAACAAAAGCACUUUGUGGACGGGGCGCUCCGAUUUCUCCUCUUUGCUGCUGCAGAAAGCUGCUCGACUGGAAUCUUCACAUUCCCGGUGCCUCUUCUCUGGAGCUUGUUUUUCUUUCUGUUUGCUGGGGAAGCGACGAGCCACCUGUCACCAUUAUAGAUCCACUCUGGACAAAGCCAGCCCUUAAAACGACACUUACUCAAGGAAGAUGAGGAGCUUUUUGAUCCUCGUGUUCGUUUCCCAGCAUGCCUUGGCUGCAAAAGUGGAAGUGUACGAGGGGGCGGAGUCUGUGCUUCUGCCCUGCCGGGUAGGUUUUUUACUAGAGGACACCACAGUGACAUGGACCCGCCCUGACCUCGAUCCCAGCGCCAUCCACAGGCGGCACGAAGACCGAGACGAGCCGGAUGGUCAGAACAUGCGUUACCGUGGGCGCACGGCAAUGAGGGCGAACGAGGCGGACCCCAGAGACCUGAGCCUCACUCUGAGCAAACCCAAGCUGUCUGACACCGGAAGUUACGACUGCAUCAUCAGCAAGCAGAAAGACGUGCUAAAGCUGACCGACGUAGAGCUCCAGGUCAAAGUCGGCAUGUUGGAGGUGGAGGUGACAGAAGGGUCCGAGUUCAUCCAACUGCCCUGCCAAACGACAUCUCCGCUGCCUGCCGACACCACCGUGGAGUGGAGCCGCUCCGAGCCCAUCCCCAUGAUUGUCCACGUGUUCCCAAACAGCAGCGCAGAGCUGCCGAAGAAACAGGACGAAUUCUUCUGCGGACGCACGCGCAUGCGUGAGGACUCGCUGAAAACGGGAGACCUGAGUCUGACCCUGAAGUACCCCUCAGAGCGAGACAACGGUCACUACGUCUGCACCAUCAACACGGGCACGGACACGCUGAGGCAGAAAGUAGCCCUGCAGCACGUCAAAAAACCGUUUCCCACCUGGGCCACGGCUUUCCUGAGCGUCAUGGCCAUCAGUCUGGUUGCUGGCGGAGGUUUUGUAGCAUAUUUCUGGUAUUAUUUUAAGAUGGUCUCCACCACGGAGGUGGAUGAAGGGGGGGAGUCUGUUCACCUGCAAUUUAAAACCACACCUAACCUGCCAGUCGGUGCUACGGUGGUGUGGAGGCGCUCCAGGCUUGGCUUCAAACUGAUCACAGUUCAUGAGUACUCAAACGGCGAAAGCAAACCAGGUGCGAAAUACAUGGACCGUACAGAGAUGGUCGAGGACCCGCUGACAUCAGGAGAUCUCAGUCUGACCCUGAGGCGACCGCGAAGACGAGACAGCGGGACCUACCUCUGCACCCUCUGCAGGGGCAAAGUCGUGCUGGAUGAGAAACGACUGAGGCUGGAAGUCAGAGUCCCUCAGGUGAAGGUGUCAGAGGGGGUCGAUGUUGUGCUGCCCUGGAAAACCUGGAUUCCUCCACCAGAAAAAGCCACUGUGGAGUGGAGCCGUCAUGAGCCGUGGCCCAUGAUUGUCCAUGUCUAUCAAAGCGGCUCGAACUGUCUGGAGAAGCAGACCUGGUUGUACCGUGGCCGCACAAAGAUGGAGGACGAAGAUCCUCGUAAGAACAGAAACCUCAGUCUGGUCCUGCGCGAGCCCACGGUGCUCGACAGUGGCGAGUAUACGUGCACCAUCAAAGAGGAAGAACGAGUCGUGAGGGCAAAGUGUCUGAGGCUCCACGUCAGAGAUUUCAAUCACAUCUCUGAUGAUGAAGAAAAUGGAGAAAAGACUCCUUUGAUCAGAUAUCGUGGGCCCCAGUCUGUCUGAUCUCUGGCUCCCCCUCAGGUCCUCUCGGUGAACUGCGCUCAGUAUCAAGCAGUAAAGAAAGAUUUUAAAAGUCCAAACAAAGGAAAGGAAGAAAUAAGACGGCGGGAUUCAAAGGUUUUUAAACAUCAUCCAUUUUUAAAGUAUUUCAGACGACAGAACAUGUACUGUUUGUUUCUCAGGAUCCACGUGAUAAAAAGCGUUUAGCUGACAUUAACACUGUGGCAGGCGUUGGUUUGUGGCACGUCUGCGGGGGAGACCGACACACCGCAGCUCCAUCAUUGUUAGGUUUUGUAUUGUUGAUUGUCAUUUAUGCUUAGAAAUAUUUAACCAUUUAAGCUUAGAAGUAUAUAA